GCCGCAGGGGCCCAGGCAUCCGGGGGCCCAGGCGUCCGGGGGAGCCGCGGCUGCCGGCGGCCGGGGCACAAGCGUCGCACGAGCGUCGCACGAGCGUUGCACGAGGGUCGCACGAGCGUCGCACGAGGGUCACGAGCGUCGCACAAGGGUCCCACGCGUUGCACGAGCGUCGCACGAGGGUCACAAGCGUCGCACGAGCGUCGCACGAGGGUCGCACGAGGACGCCAUGGGGGUCGUGCGGGCGUGCACGGGGCUCUCGUGAGCGUGCUGGCGGUGGCGGCGGCGGUGGCAGCGGCGGCGGCGGCGGGGGCCGGGGGGGCCGGGGGGGCCCUGCAGUUCCUGGCGCUGGGCGACUGGGGGGGGCUGCCCGAGCCGCCCUUCGCCACCCCCCGGCAGCGGGCCACGGCGGCGGCCAUGGGGCGGGCGGCCGCCACCCCCGGCGCCCACUUCGUCCUCGCCCUGGGCGACAACUUCUACUACGAGGGGGUGCGCGACGAGCGGGACCCCCGCUUCCAGGAGACCUUCGAGCGGGUGUUCACGGCGCCGGCGCUGCGGGAGCUGCCCUGGUUCGUGAUGGCCGGGAACCACGACCACGCGGGCAACGUGUCCGCCCAGGUGGCCUACACGCGCCUGUCCCCUCGCUGGCGCUUCCCGCACCCCUACUACAGCCUGCGCUGGGAGCUGCCGGGCGCCAACGUCUCGGCGCGGCUGCUGGUGCUGGACACGGUGCUGCUGUGCGGCGCCGCCGACGACUUCGGGGGGGGCCCGGGGGGGCCGCGGGACGCGGCGGCCGCCCGGGCCCAGCUGUCCUGGCUGCGGGGCCGCCUGGCCGCCGCCCGCGGGGACCGGUACCUGCUGGUGGCCGGCCACUACCCGGUGUGGUCGGUGGCCGAGCACGGCCCCACGGGCUGCCUGCUGCGCCGGCUGCGGCCCCUGCUCGCCCGCCACCGCGCCACCGCCUACCUCUGCGGCCACGACCACAACCUCCAGUUCCUGCAGGAGGCCGGCGUGGGCUACGUGGUGAGCGGGGCCGGCAACUUCAUGGUGGGCUCCCAGCAGCACCGGGGGGCCGUGCCCCCCCGCGCCCUGCGCUUCUUCUUCGGGGACCCGGCGUCGCCCGGCGGCUUCGCCCACCUGCGCCUCGACGCCCGCGCCCUCACCGUCACCUUCCUCGAGGCCACCGGCCGCGUCCUCUACCGCGUGGCCCUGCCGCCCCGCGACCUCUGAGACCCCCCCCCCCCCCGCCCCACGGACCCCCCAGAAGAGCCGGGACGCGGGCCCCCCCCCCACCAUGGACCAUGGAGGUGGAGCUCUACCAGGAGCCCCAGCAUGGACCCCCCCCAGCAUGGACCCCCCCAUGGACCCCCCCCACCAUGGACCUCCACCAUGGAUCCCCACCAGGACCUCCAUCAUGGACCCCCCCCCCCGCCAGGACCCCCAUCAUGGACCCCCCCACCAUGGACCCCCCCCCAGCAUGGACCAUGGAGGUGGAGCUCUACCAGGAGCCCCAGCAUGGACCCCCCCACCAUGGACCCCCCCCCAUGGACCCCCCCCCAUGGACCCCCCCCACCAUGGACCAUGGAGGUGGAGCUCUACCAGGACCCCCAGCAUGGACCCCCCCGCCAUGGACCCCCCCCCAUGGACCCCCCCCCCAUGGACCUCCACCAUGGACCCCCACCAUGGAUCCCCACCAGGACCUCCAUCAUGGACCCCCCCCCCCGCCAGGACCCCCCCCAUGGACCCCCCCACCAUGGACCCCCCCCACCAUGGACCAUGGAGGUGGAGCUCUACCAGGACCCCCAGCAUGGACCCCCCCCCACCAUGGACCCCCCCCAUGGACCCCCAUCAGGACCUCCGUCAUGGACACCCCCCCACCAGGACCCCCCCCCAUGGACCCCCCACCAGGACCCCCAUCAUGGACCAUGGAGGUGGAGCUCUACCAGGACCCCCAGCAUGGACCCCCCCCCCACCAUGGACCCCCACCAUGGAUCCCCACCAGGACCUCCAUCAUGGACCCCCCCCACCAUGGACCCCCCCCUACCAUGGACCCCCCCGCCCCCAUCAUGGACCGUGGACAUGGAGGUCCACCAGGACCCCCAGCAUGGCCCCCCCCACCAUGGACCUCCACCAGGACCCCCCCCCCAUGGCCCCCCCCCAUGGCCCUCCACCAGGACCCCCAGCAUGGCCCCUCCCACCAUGGACCUCCACCAGGACCCCCCCCCAUGGACCCCCCCCAUGGACCCUCAGCAGGACCCAAUGCAGCCCCGAAAAUGGACCCCCAAACCCAACCCCCAACACAGACACCCCCCCCCCCAGCCCCACUGACCCCCCCCCAUACACUGGGACCCCCCUGGAACCGUGUCCCGGCCCCCCACUGCCCCCCCCGUCCGGCGGAGCCCCCCCCACCCGUGGGACCCCCCGGGACCCCCAGCCGGCCUGGGGACUCCUGGGCCCCCCCAGCCCCCUCCGGCUCAAUAAAGGGGUUCGGUCCCCAAAACCCUGGUGUCCCCAA